AUGGGAAACAGUUCUGGAAAGCCGGUGAACUUCGCAGAUGAAGUGAGCCUUAACCAUUUCCGACUUCUGCGAGUUGUUGGAAAGGGUGCCUUUGGAAAAGUAAGGAUAGUAGAGAGAAAGGAUACCGGGUUGACGUUUGCGCUGAAGUACAUUCGCAAGGAUGAGGUUGUUCGACAAGAAAGUGUUCGGAACAUAAUUCGAGAACGACGAAUGCUGGAGCAUCUAAAUCACCCAUUUAUUUGUAACUUGCGGUAUAGUUUUCAAGACAUUGAGUACAUGUAUCUAGUGGUGGAUCUAAUGAACGGGGGAGAUUUACGAUUCCAUAUUUCAAGAAAGACCUUCACAGAGGAAGCAGUUCAGUUCUGGAUUGCCGAACUUGGGAUCGCUUUAAAAUACAUACAUAAGCAGGGUAUCAUACAUCGGGAUGUCAAACCUGACAAUGUGCUAUUGGACUCCGAGGGACAUAUACAUUUAGCAGAUUUUAAUGUUGCAUCGGAUUACACUUCACACAGGUUAUUAACGAGUAAAUCUGGUACUCUAGCUUAUCUUGCACCAGAGGUCUACAAAGGAUGUGGAUAUGGACCUGGAGCAGAUUGGUGGUCAUUAGGGGUAUUGUUCUAUGAAUGUAUUUAUAACAAGAGGCCAUUCGAAGGUAGCACACAAACAACCUUAGCAGCACAGAUCACCAAAGCUUCACCAAAUUUCCCCGUCACAUCGCCAGCAGUUUCUAUGCCAUGUUUACAUGCCAUUAGCUCAGCCCUGGAGGAAGAUCCUACAAAGCGAAUGGGUUCGGCCGGAUUUGAAACUUUUACCGACAACCCCUUCUUCCGACCUCUGGACUUCGAGGCACUUGAGAGAAAAGAGAUAGAGCCAGUCUUCGUCCCAUCUAGUGAAAAGACGAAUUUUGAUGCCACUUAUGAUCUUGAGGAACUGCUGUUGGAGGAAGCACCAUUAGAAGCUCGAGCGCGUCGACAAAAACCACGAGAACCUCUCAAGGAAGAUGCGACAGAAAAGGAAAUCAAGGAAGAGGAACUCCAUAAGACGAUUGAAGCUCAAUAUACGACAUUCGAUUACACCAAGGCAGCGUAUGACAGAUAUGCUGAAGGCGGUGAUCCAAACUCUCCCCCUCCGGUCACACAAAAUAUUAGCCCAUCUACCCCAGCAUCGCAAACGUCUGAUGAAUUCCCAAAACCCACACCCACGCGCACUUUAUCCAAGAAUAGGAAGAGAGCUGCUUCGCGGUCUCAGCCAUCCUCGCGCUCCGAAUCACCAUCGAGUAGUGCGAAUGUGCCACCAGUCCCUGGCUCUCAACAUACUAGCCCCAUUUUAGGACCUCCUCGCUCCGUACCCCAUGCCCACCCACCACCAAGUACGAUGAAGACACCUUUAUCACCUUAUCAACAAUCAUAUAACCGCCCUAAUCGUCCUGGUGGAUCACGCAAGGAAUCACAAGGCGGAGGCAUGCAAGUUGUAUUAGGAGAGACUGGAAGUUGGUCAGAAUUGGCCAAGCAAGAUGCAUCACUACCGGCAGAUGCCAAGUUAAUCGAAGCGCAUGCCAAGCCAACGGGUAUGUUAGGAUUCUUAUCAAGAAAGAAAGGCAGAGGGCAUAGCCCAAAGCCGCAGGAAAGAGGUAUAUUGGGCAAGGAGGGUGCAAGAGUUAUUAUAAGCCAGGGUUGA